ACGAAAGUCCUAAAUAAAACAAAUUAAAACAAUACAAAUUACAAAGAGAAAACUAAAUUUCAAAUAAAUGUUAAAAAUAUCAAUAUAAUUUUAAGUGAAAUACGAGAAAAAUAUUUGUUUGCGCGUCAAGAUUUGCAACAAACGAUUGGAAAGUUAUUGCAAAAAACUUGAAGCAUGGCUCAGAUACAAGAAUACCAAGAUUUAGUAUUGGAUGCCUUAGAAGUGGUGGAAUUCAAAUUGAUACGUUCUAAGUCGGAUUUGGAAAAUGAAGAAUUAGCUUUUCACCCCUUGAUGGCCCAUCAAAUAUUUGGCGAAUCCGAAAGCAUAUUUGGAUAUCAAGACUUAAAAGUACGCAUACUGUACACAGCCGGACCGUUGCACAUUUAUUUGGGCAUAGAUUACGACAAGAAGGUGGACGAAUUGUCUAAGGGAGAUAUUAAGGCUGAUGAUGUGGUGGCAACGAUAGCGGAAAAACUGCCGGAUGGUUGUUAUUUUGUAAAUAUGGAUGAAUUUCUAAAGACUUUAGAUAAGGCAGACAAAUUCCAGCCUUUUGGUGAAAAACUUUUUGAAUUUAAGCAAGAAGAUGAUGGCAAAAAAAGAGUGUUUGAAUUUUACAAUUCCAACUACAAACAGCCUUCGUUUUUGAAAUUUUUCUCACGUUUGCAGACAUUUGUAUUAUGGUUUGUGGAUGCCGCUUCUUAUAUUGAUGUAGAUGAUCCACAGUGGUCAUAUUUUAUAUGCUAUGAAAAAUUUAAAAAUGAUAAUGGUGAGGUAUCUUUUGCCACUGUGGGCUACACCACCGUCUAUGAGUAUUAUGCAUAUCCCCAAAAUAUACGUCCUAGAAUUUCUCAAAUGUUGGUUUUACCACCUUUCCAAAAGUUGGGCGUAGGUACCAAAUUUCUAAAAACCAUUUAUAAUUUCUAUCAAACUCUGAAAAAUGUCAUAGACAUAACAGUGGAAGAUCCCUCGCAUGAUUUUCAACGUAUGCGUAAUUUUGUGGAUGCCCUUUUGUGUAAGAAACUGAAGUCGUUUCAAAAGGAGGAACUUAAAAAGGGUUUUAACAAGGAAAUGAUCAAGGAGGCUAGAGAAGUUUUGAAAUUAAACCCCCGCCAGUGCCGUAAAGUCUAUGAAAUUUUACGCUUGUUUUAUAUAAAUAUACACGACAAGGAUGAUUACACCUCCUAUCGUUUGGAUGUGAAAAAACGUUUAAAUGCUGUGUAUCACAAACAAUUAAGUGAUAUCAAAAAAAUGGAAAAGGCUAAAAUGGACACUGAAUGGUUACGGGCCCGCUUACCCAAUCUGAAACUGCGCAUUGAACAGUUACAGGAGGAAUACGAACAAGUGGAAAAGGAAUAUCAACAAGUUAUUGAGAAAUUACGAGUAAUUUAAAGGCAGUUCUUUUUAUUUUAGUAUAAUUUGUAUAAUGAUGGUUCGUUUUUCCUUUUUUCAUUUAAUUUUCGUUUGUUUACUCAUUUUUUAAAUUAUUUUAAAUAAAAAACUAGUGAUUGUACUAAUAAAA